UUUGUUGCGAGGGUAGCGGAGGAUGAGAGACGUCUCGAGAAGACGACCUGCAACGAAGACGCGUUUAGGGUUCGCGGGCUGCUGCGCCAUCGCUGCUUGCUGCUUGCGCUUCUUGUGUCUGUGAGGCCUGUUCUGGUCCCUUCGAUUUGGUGCUACGCGGUUCUGGAGCUCACUGUGGUAUCACGAGCGCUGAUAAUACGGGUUUAGCACUCCGCGAGAUAAUUCAGGUGAAUACGUGUCGAAUUUGCACCCGGUGUUUGGAUUCGAAUCUUAGACCCUUUUUUGGUGAGACGACUUCUACCUUAUCAGACGGCCAGCGGGAACAGGGAAGGCAAGGCGCAGAAGGAGGGUUCUAUCAUUUGUAAGGAGUAACCAUGGGUGGUGGCAAUGGACAGAAGGCUAAGAUGGCCAGAGAACGGAACGCAGAAAAGCUGAAGGGUGCCGGCAAGGGAAGUCAACUCGAGUCCAACAAGAAGGCAAUGAACCUUCAGUGCAAAGUGUGCAUGCAGACUUUCAUGUGCACUUCCAACGAGGCCAAGUGUAGAGAGCAUGCUGAGGCCAAGCAUCCGAAAGUGGACGUGACAAAAUGCUUUCCUCAUCUGGCUAACCCGUCUGCUUAAAGUACCUGGUCAAGUGCUUUGUAAUGUGUGACUCUGAAAGGGUAUCUACAAACUGAAAUGAAGGCAUGUGUUCUCACUUAGAGAUGGUCCUUAUGGGAUAUUAUAGUCACAGUACUGGCUCCCCAGUUUUGAAUACAUGGUUCUGCAACACUAAAGAUUAAUUUCAGUUUGCGAUUCCCUAAGACUGGUAAAGAGAUAAUUUCAGCUUGCAAUUUUGGAAAGACUGAAAGAGUUCAUUUCAGCUUGCAAUUUCCGUUUUGUCUCGUAUACUGUGCUCUAGAAUGGGCCUUCGAAUUUAACAGUUUGAAGAUAAAUUUAAUCUUGUGGUUUGUGUUUUUCGUCUAUCGGGAACGUUGAUACUGGCCUUUGGUCUCAUGUACAGCCCAUGAUUAAUAAACUGAUCGUUCGAAGUUUUGAUCUUC